CCACAGGCCGAGAUGACGCAAAGCGAUCGCAUGUUGUGGAACGUAUGAAUCAAGGCGAAGACGUUGACAUUGAUCUAAACGAUCCUGCUGUUGGCAACGCUGCGGUUAAAAUCCAAUCCCAGUUCCGUGGAUAUAAAGCAAGGAGAGAAGUCGAAGAAAUCAGGCAAGAACGCGAAAAUGAUCCUGAUAUCGACUUAAACGACCCUGAAGUACAGAAGGCCGCUGUUGCGAUUCAGGCUGGGUUCCGAGGGAUUAAGGCAAGAGCAGAACGAAAUCGAACGGAGCAGAACGAAGUGUCAACAGGCGAUGAUCUGGAUUUGAAUGACCCUGAAUUGAGUAAUGCGGCCGUGAAAAUCCAAGCAAACUUCAGAGGCUACAAAAGCCGUCAAGAAACGGACCAAAUGCGAAAUGCUGUGGACGGAGAUGUCAACAGGAUUGAGUUGAAUGACCCGGAUGUUGAAAACGCUGCGAAAAACAUCCAAGCUGGUUAUCGUGAGCACAAAGCCCGUACGGAAGUAAAUCAGAUCCACGAAAACCAAACCGACGACAUCGAUGUAAACGAUGUCGAAAUGCAGAAUGCUGCUACUCUUAUUCAAGCUGGAUUUCGCGGUCAUAAGUCAAGACAAGAGGUCGCUAAGCUCCGUGAGAUGAAAGAUGACGGUGUUGAUAUUGAUUUGAACGAUCCCGAUGUCCAAGAAGCAGCUAGUAUUAUUCAAGCGGGAUAUCGAGGACACAAGGAACGUACGGAUGCUGCAAGUACAAGCGAGGUAGACCUGAAUGAUCCUGAGGUAGAAAACGCGGCAAAGAUCAUUCAAGCUGGAUAUCGUGGGCAUAAAGUUCGUAAAGAUUUGAGAGAAGGAAAUGAUGAAGAGGUGCCAGAGGGUAUCAAUUUGGAUGAUCCGCAAGUUCAAGAUGCUGCUGUCGCCAUUCAAGCUGGUUACCGUGGCUACAAAACGAGAAAGGAAUUAGCGAGUCAACAACAAAAGGUAAAAACAACCCUAUAUAACAUUAUUUGAUAGUUUGUGUGGUUAGGAAGUGGCUCUUUGCCUUUCACUAUAUACUGCGACCGGGGGGUCCAUUUCCUGCAAUAUAUUCGUUUCAGUGGCACAGAAAUUCGUUUCAGAGUACUUCCAGUUGGACCAUGUAUAUCAUUCUGCACUCCUAUUCCCCCGUAUAUAUUGACACUGCACAAAGAAGAGAUUCGGAUUCUACUGCACCUCUCGAAUGAACGUUUUCGAAUGGUGGAAGUAUCCAUUAAUAUAAAAUAAAGUUAGAUUAGUUUUACAGAAUAGUUUAAUGUUCAGGCCGGAAAUAUCUGAUUUCAGUCCUCGAUCAUGUAAUGUAAGUUCCUGGAACUUGAAAGACGUGGCAAAUUGUUCAUGGACUUCCUUUGCCUCCACUUGAUGCGCAGUAAUUCAUCAAACCUUUGUUCUAUAUAAUUUAUACAGUAGUUUUAUUAUUUCAAUUUAUGGCUCUGUUCAAGUUUAAAAACUAUAGAGUUUAUGUACAGUAUUGACCCAAGCAAAUAAGAAUAUUUUGGUCCUAAGGUAAAUAUUAUACAAUUAUUGAGCGAGGUCGAGCAAAAUAUUGUGAUUUGUCAGUGGCGAGCAGUCAACGGAUAUGUCGUAGAAAACCAUUUGAAAUGUCCAUUCGAGAGAUCGAAUAGAAAAGUUAGCUGCAUUAAAUUCAACGAAUUCGACGUCGAAAGGCCUAAAUUACUGAACAUUAUUAGCAUGGAAACAUUUGGAAUCCCACUAUGCAACUUCAUUCUAAAUGAAGAACUCAUGCAUCUUUGAUAUUCCUAAGUCAAUAUAGUCCAUACUAAGCUUCAAUGCUUAAUUUAAGUAAAUUAUUUUGCCUAAACUUAUAUAAUUGCUACUGAAUAAUACAUCUUUAGCUUUUUUCAGAUCUCAUGUAUACAUCUCUCCCCAAAUUAGGUAAAUUGGUCUAGCCCCAUGCAUAGAAUGCAAGCGGUCUGUUGACCACAAUCGCUAGUUAUGGGCGCUAUACGUCAUUUUUAGUCAAAGUGUACAAAUAUAAUUAUGAUGGAUGUUGUAAAUUAGUGCAGUCUGUCGUGCUUAUUGUAAUUACUGUGGCUUCAUGUAGUCCACUUGAAAGCAUCUAAAAGAUGUGUAUUGUUGUUAUGUUGGUUAUCCUACUGAGUUCAAGUUAUCUUGCAUUAGUGCAAGCUUUGAGAAGGGAUGUUUUAAUUUUCGUUAUAUACAACCAGUUAGAUCAUGUACAUACAGUACGUCUAGAGACUAUGGUCUGUAACGACCCAAGAAUUAGUGUCCAUAUAUAUAUAACUGGACUAUAACUAUCACUGCCUCCACAGACCAUAGUUAUGUGAAGCAUAUAUACAGUAGUAGAUUAUAAAAUAUAACACAGACCAUGCACACAAGCAUAAUUUCGUUAUAUUUUAUAUUGUUUACAUGCAACAUUUGUUGUGAAAGUAUUAUUCAGCUUAAAGGAAAUCGUUUAACAGACAAGCUGACUAUAUAGCUAUAUACCAUGCAGUCAGAUUUUUUUCACUUAUCACUUCUGUAAAGAAGUGUAAUAUAAAGUAAUGUACAUAUGGAGCAAAUUGGCAAACAGACAAGAAACUAAUUAAUUUGCUUCGCGGUAACUUUCUUCGCAUGUUUUCAAACGCAUGCCAAGUACUGUAUAUCUACAUGCAGGUAGCUAAACUGGCAGGAAUAGGUUCAUACACCACUCCAUAGAAAAACAUAUGUAGUAAGUCAAAGUAAAUACUUUAACUUCCAUAGAACUACUGUGUAUGUUUUGUAUCAGCUGAAUGCAAUAUAUUCUCGUAAUUAUAUUUGUUCACCAAUUCAUUAGAUUCGUGUUAGUUUUUUGGCUCGUCUUUCUAUAAAGAAUAUAAAUAUUAUACUACCUUGGACAAGACUCUGUAGAAUCAAUAAUAACGCUUCAGUUUCGCGGGUCAUCACGUAGCGAUAGGAAAAGAUUAUGUGAUUUGUCAUUGUUUGAUACAAUGAAACUAUGGAAUGAUUUUUUUAAAGCGAGCCAAGGAUGGGGGGGGGGGGGAUAGGCCGAAUCCUCCGCCUACAUUUCCCUUAUAGUAGCAUGCACGCUCAGUUAUUGAAUAAAACCUUGUAUCCACUCCGGCGAUGACAUCUCAAACGUGGGGGUCCGGUAUAUGUAUAGUAUUAUACAAUAGGCAGCAGCUGUGCUUUGGCUCAGAGCUAUAUACCUCAAUACUAAAAACACUUCAACGUUUCCAGUAAAGGCCAUUCCUCCGGCAAUAGUCAGGAGGUUAGUAUAUAUAUAUAUAUAUAUAUAUAUAUAGAUACAUUCCUUUCGUUGUAUUUACCACUAAUAAAACCUCAACAUAUUUUUUUUUACUUUUGGAUCGGUGAUGUAGUUAGGUUUGGCCCAUAAUAUAUGUAUAUGCUUAAUUUCCCUCAUAAAAGUGUGCCGAAACCCACUUUUCCAUAAAUGGAGCGCUUUGGGGGACUUGGAAAAAUUUGAGGUUUUCAUGCUGUUAGUCUCGUGUUAUUGUUGCUGUCGCUGUUUUGUUCGUUCAACACGUGUUGACCAGAGAUUAUUAAAUAAAUUAUCAAAGGGUUUUUGUGCCAAGACACGGAACUGCGCUACUGAAUCAUUGAUGGGCAAGCUGCAGUGACGUGAGCGCCUUAUUGUAAUGAAUAGGCAACGUGCAAUAGAUCUCUUGUAUGUGAAGGCGUGUCCGACGGCAGUUGCCAGACCAGCUGAUCAACGAAAUUCAGUUAUCGAACGGACAUGGGGAAGUGUCAUUCUCGGAGCGCUAGUUUAGGGAAAGAAGAUGAUGCGGCGAAAACGGACGAAGUAAAAAACAACAGCACCGAGGCGAAAGGUAAAAACGAACAAACAGCGAACGGUCAAGUUGAAAACGCGGAUGAAGCGAAUGCGAACGAAACCACGGGGAAUAAAAAGGAAUCCUCGCUAAAAGAUAAGAAGGGAAAGACGAACAAGGAAUCGAAAACUGUCCGCAUUUCAGAAACGACGACAUCGGAGGAGAAAACUGAGACGACAGUUACGGAGGAAAAGUCACAACUAAAAUCAGAUGAUGUGCCGAAACCCGCACAGGUGAUCAAAGUAUUUUUACUGCACGCAGCUGUUGUCCACACAAUAAUAUUCUUCAAUGUUUUGCCUUGUUUUAUUUUCUUAUCCUGUGCCUAUCUAUCUAAGCACUUGCCCUAAAUUUAGUUUUAUAUUUCUUCCACGAUGUAACUGAUUGUCACAGCUUCCCUAUCGCACGUUUUAGGAGACAUUGUGGUUGCCUCUAGUUUGUAUGAUGUCCCGAUAAUAUGCAAAAUACAACAGCCGUAUAAAAUGCAUGCGAUUGUAUUGGUUGUAUGCGUUUGUUUGUAAUUAUAUCAAUGUUUACGUGUAACUGGAUGAAGAUAUAUUUUGUAAAUCUAGUUUAGGGAGCUUUAUUCGCUAAGUUUGUAUCUCUGUUUUUGUUUGACAAUAUACAGUCGUUAAAAGAAAAUAGCAGCCGCGAAAUAAAGCCAGUAAUUCGCGUAAUAUAUUAUUAAUAAAUUCAUAGCCUUAUGCCUAAAAUAAUAUUUACUAUUUUUGCUUAUCAGAAAAGCGUUGUAGCCUAUAUAGGCACGCAGUUGUGAAUUUGGCAUACUAAUUCCACAAAUUAUAUUGGGGAACAUUUACAGCCAUGAAUACGUUUUAGAUAUAAAUUAUAAGUGCAAAAUUUCCUUCUGUCUAUACUUUAUAUUAUGCUGCAAUAUGCAUGAGAUUUUCAUUCAGAACUUCGAUUUAUUGAGUGCUUGGUCUCUUGCAUUGGUAAUAAUAUUGUGUAUUUAGAACUUAGGACACUCUUAGAUCUUAAAUAUAGCUACUAUACUGUAUGUCAUGCAUUUCCAUGCGAAUUGGUGAACAGAGCAAACAACUAUAUACAUACUAAAUUAUUUACCGUAUCUAUAUACUACAGCUAGACGAGCAGCUUUCCUUGACAAGUGGACACUUUCGCAAAGUUCUUCUCAAUGAUGUCAUUUUUAUUUCUCGCUCGUCUUUACUUGCCCAAUAAAGUUAGGGGGAAAUUCUGAGGCGGACUUUUGGCAAGUCUAUCCCUGCCCUUGUCCAAAAAUUAUAUUAUUUUAUGAAAACGUUAAGGGUAGGGAGCGUUGCUCUGAUAGUGAAGUUGGUCAUAACGUCGUUGAUUCAUUUUUGCUCGUUAAAAUUGAGCAUUCAUUUAGUGCCUGCGGAGCUUUUGUGUUUUAUCAACAUUAAAUAGAGAAUAUAGAAUGUAGCAAUUAUUAACCAGCUUACACAUAUAAGUUGAAAUAAAAAAAUUCGUGCAAGGGAUUAUAUUUUUUAAAAAUUAUCGACACAAGCAAAAAUACUUAAAAAAAUAUUCGUACAAGUUAAAAAAGUCCCCCCCACCCCAUCACUUUUCUAAUGGUCCGCCCCUUACUGAAAUGUAUUAUAAAUGUUUUGCUUUGUGGAAACAAUGCGUGUAUUCCCCGAACCGACGGGAAAUGGGAAAAGUGCAGCUAGGCGUGGAUUCAAAAGUGCAUCGCCAAUGAUCCCCAGGGCCACAGCUCAAAAAGGACCACCGCAGCGACGAAGAUCCUUAAAAUUUCUUGAUACAAGAUUGCUUAACAAAAAUAUAAAUCACAGCUGCGUUAGUGUCGGACAUUUUAUUUUACAAGUUUGCCAUUGCAAUAGAUCCGUAAUAGAGUACUAUGGUUACAAAUGACUGGAAUUUCCACACAGAGAUAGUUCUCCAAUAACGGGGUUCCAAAAAAGAACAACUUAUGGUAUAUCUAAUUAUUUUGAAAUUAAAGCAAAGAUAACAAUUAAACACAAAUACAAGAAGACAAAGCAAACGUAUUGACGAACAAACGAACAAAAACUAAAUUUAGCAACAUGUUCGAGUUGAUAAGUUCUUUAGUGGGCGAGUGGUGUGAUAUUUAAUACAAACAGACUUAAAUGGAUCUUCAGGAUCAUAAAUUUGUUGGGUUAAUUCUACGUAAUAUUCAUUAGAUUAAAUUUAAAUGUAGUUAGAGAUGUGGUGGUAUUUCUUAUGAAGCCGGGAAGAGUGUUCCACAUAUUAGCAUCUCUGAUGUAAAAGUUUUACUUUUGGUUACAUGAAGUAGGAUGCCGUUGGUUGAACUAGUAUAUAGGAUAUUAUGUAAUAAAGUGUAAUAUAUUGUAAAACACCGCUGCUCCCCUUUUACAAUUAUGACGUCAUAGAGUCCCCCUUGGAAAGUUUUGCCCCGGAUCCCGCGCAACCUUUCGGUGGCCCUGGGGGCACACAAACUAUAUGCAUUCUCUGCUGUUAGGUAGUCAUUGUAAAUUAACUUAAUUACUUCACUCUAGAAUCGAUACUCAAGUUUGCAGGAUUUUUCAUGAUCGUGUUAAACACAUUAAACCAGCCGAAAAAAGAAUACCGGUUGUUCAACAACGUGUAAUGCAAGAGUAUGAUACAAUAAUUUAUAUUUACAUAUGUAAAUUAUUUAAAUUAUCUUGGCCCUACAAUUACGCCCGUAUUCUAAAAGCUCACUCACACUCAAUGAGUGGAGCUUCAAUCUGAGCUUAUCUUGAGUGUCAAUGCUGUUUUUGAAUAGCUGGAGGGUGAGUAGUCACCGAGUAAGGUAUGAUACUAGCCCCCCAGCUAUUCAAAAACAGCAUUAACACUUAAGAGAAGCUCAGAUUGAACCUCCACUCAUUGAGUGUGAGUGCGAGUGAGCUUUUAGAAUACGGGCGUUAGUUUGGUUCUGUGUGAACGAUUCAUAAAUAAUGCAGGUUUUGGGCCAGUCGAAGACCCUCGAAAUGAUGUGAACAAGGUGAUGACAACAUUUUGUAAGACUGGACCAAGAAAGGAUGCCCUACAUGAAUUAGUAUCAUAAAUGUACCAAUACGCCGUCCGUAAAUUAUCAUGUAUAUCACUCAUGCAUGCGCAAAGAUAAAUUCCAUCUUUCACGACGUCUAUUUAUAGAAUCAGAAUUGUGUCUAAUACUUUAUGAAACAAACGUUUUUCGUCUGCUGAAUUUCAAGGAAUCCGUCUUCACAGUCUAGAUAUCUGUAAUCACAGUGACAAACGACCAAAAAGGAUCUGUUGUGGCAGUGAAGAAACCUGUAACCACAAUGCAAAAAUCUCCAAUCGCAGUGCAAAAAUCACAGUCAACAAAACUGUUCUCACAUUACUCACAAUACAAAAUAUGUUACCACAAACACAAAAAUCUGUAAUCAAUAUGCAAGUACAGAAUACAGUGCAAAAAUCUAUGAUCAAAAUCCAAAGCUCUAUAAUCACAGUGAAAAUGGUUUGUUAUCGCUGUGCAAAAAUCUGAAAUAAAAAAAUGAGCUAAAUGCCAAUCAACUCCAAGACGAUUUAGAUGGAAAACACUGCACAGGCAAUAACAACAGGGGAACAUACUUUGGUACAUGUAGAAUGAAUAAAAUAAUUGUACUGUUCACCACCAAUCAGAUUUCAACACCGUGUCACACGGUGUCGGUGAAAUCACGGUCGUUUUAAACGAUCACCAACGAACACGAUUUUUGUUUCCAAUAUCCUAAUUUAUGCGAGUUCGUUUCUUUUCUUUAUUAUCUAGCCCGAUGACGUUGACAUUGACGUGAAUGAUCCCGAAGUGGAAAAAGCAGCAACCGCAAUCCAAGCAGGAUUCCGAGGACAUAUGGCAAGGAAACAACUCAAAUCAUCUCAAGGUACGGUGAAUUCAUUCAUUCUUCCCCAACAGCGGAAACUAGAAAUUAAGAUUUUUUCUGGAAAUAUGAAGUUACCAUUACUGGCAAGAAUGGUGAGGAUUUUUUCGCCGUGACGAUCUCUGAGAUGUUGAAGUAAGACGGGAAGUUCACAUUUGCAGUGAACAUUAUCACCAUUUUAAAGCCGAAGGCGACUUUGUUCAAAUUUGAGCAUAUUCAAUCCGAGUCCUUUUGUAGUCCACCUCGAAAAGCUCGAAUAGACCUUGUGUAUAAUGACGUCACAAGGCUUGAUGCCCGCGAGGAGUGCUGGUAUUAGUAGUAAAAUUUAAAUAGUGGCCAUUUUGAAUUGUUUAAUUGUCCCGGGCGAUGACUACUAAUACCAGCAUUCCUCGCGGGCAUCAAGCCUUGUGACGUCCUUAUGCAUAAGGUCUAUUGGCGGACUGAAUCAAAUUUGAUCCAAAUUUCUUAGCCUCUCCAAAUUCAAGGCAAAUUUGGUUGAAUUACGUCCAGAUCGAUCAGAGGACUGGUUUCUAAAUCCAAAAUCUGAUCUAUAUUCUUACCUUCUUCAGGAAGUCAUUGUUAAAUUAUCUAGGCAAUAGGUUAAAAUAACGAGGUAAAAGGUUAAAUAACCAGGAAUAUUCAGUUAACCCAAGUAGGGUUAUUUCUAGGUUAAUCCGAAUGUUUAACCAGAAAUGUUAACCUCAGUGUUUUUAGAGUGCGUGGUUGGGCACACUCUCCUGUUCCCAAGAAAAUAUGCCAAGUGUAAACGUACCUUCAGAUUAGAACUUAAUUGACAUAAUGUAUUAUGUAGGACAAAGCCACGAAACCAGUGAUGAAAUUGAUCUAAACGAUCCGGAAGUGAAUAAAGCGGCAGUUAAAAUCCAAGCUAGCUUUCGAGGCCACCUAACACGCAAGAACCUACAAGAAUAGUGCUUCAAGUUCCAAACAACGUACUUUUAACCAGAUAUACAUUUUUAACAAUAAUGGUAAGAAUUUUAUGCCGGCCUGGCCGGCUUGAACAAACACCCUAAGAUAGGGAUUAAUAUAUUUUAUCUUAUGUUAAGCAGCGGUCACUCCGAGGUAUCGUCUUGCUUUUCAAGCACAAACACAACAACACGCAGAGAAGACCAUAUAUAGUUCAUAUAGUUGUAGAUGUAAGCAUAAAAUCGCCGAGCAUAAAAUCAUCGACACAUCUAUCUGGCUUAAGCCUGGUUCACAUUGAUCGUAAACAUCGGCGAUUCCCAUUGUCGGUGGUCAUUGAUGCAUAAAAUGUUUUGUGCAUUUUCUUCUUCGUUGCUCACAGACAAUGGAUCGUAGAACAUCGCCGAUCAAUGUGAACCAGGCUUUAUAGUGUGUCCUUUUGUUCUUCCAUUGAUUCCUUUGUGCUUGUAUCCUUGUUUUUGGAUAUGCGGAAACACCAAGUGGAUACCAACUAGUUGACUCACCACGCAUGUGUGAGUAUCUUUCCAAUGGUUUUAUUGACGUUGCUGCUGAACAUGUGUGUUUGUGCUUGAUUUGGUGAUUUUAAACCAUAAAUUUGCCCCAGCAAUAUAUUUUUUUCAUAAUGGCGUCGAAGUGGUCAAACGUGGAUAAACACUUAUGCGAUGUCCCAUGGGACAGUUUUAGCGACAAUUCGCAAUGCAAAUGAUAUUAUACAUGAAAUUUGACUGACUCGGCAAUUAUUGUGGUUAAAAAUUGUCCCUUGGCACAUCGCAGUAAGGCUCCAUUUACACGAAACCGGAUUCGCUUGUCACAACAUCGAAUUUAACGGUUUCAGGAAUAUCUUGACACUUCAAAUUGCAAUUGUAUGACAACAUAAGACGAAAACGGUCAAGGGGGGAAAUUUUGUGCUCAAACAUUGAAAAGUGAAUCCGGUGUGGUGUAUCUGGGGCGUAAGAGUUUAUCCACGUUUUGCGUCAUUAUGGAAAAGGUGUAUAGUUAACCCUGCCUGCAGUGAGUGUCUUAAUACAAGUUUAGAGUAUUCAAGUCUGGUUUCUGUUAAACCAUAAGAAUCAUCAUAACCACUUCGCGCCAGCCUCGUACCCAGGCUCUUUAGUAAUUAAUAGCGUUCAGAGCUCUGGGAGAGCUAGGUGCGCGGGGAUUCAAGGCUGACUUCGCGCCAUAUGAUUGCUUUUGAUUCAGCGGAAACCAGACUAGUAGUGAAUACGAAUGGAAAUAUUUGUCUAAAAAGAGGAGCAUAUCUAUUAGAACUGAAAAGUAAUUUCUUCGAUUAUGAGAUAUUUCAUUUACUCAAUAAAGAAUGCAACCGCGUAACAUCAUUGGGAUGUUUUAUUUGGCAAAAUGAAAUGCCUCAAUAACGAAGUUUUCCAAGCAAGGAAGUUACUUUACAGUUUGUACUAACGAGUUUGUCUGAGACAAUAAAAAAUUCGCUUCGUAAAAUUCACUUUAACGAAUACAAUGUAAUAUGUUUUAAAAUAGUUUCAAGUCAACACUGUAAAUGUCUGUAAAUGUCUAAAACUUAUAAUUCCAAAACGUUCCGCAUUGUUA